UUGCAGUACGCUUGCGACCAGAACUUCUUCCGUGCAGCUGAGCUCCUGUUGAAUGCUGGCGCUUCGGUUGAUCACAAGGAUAAUCACGGACGGACUGCCCUCCACCGGGCCUGCAUCUACUCGUCAUUGAACAUAGCUCGUUUGCUGAUAUCGUACGGAGCUGACUAUAAUGCCAAGGACAUUCUGCUGGAUAGGCCUCUGCACAUCGCAGCAAUUUGGGGCAACACAGAGAUUGCGGAAUACUUGCUAAAGAAAGGG